AGACCCGCAGGUAAAAAGCAUACCAAGGUUUCACCGCCUAAGCAAAAGUGGUUCAUAUUAUGUCUGCAGCCUCUUAUCCGCUGCGCACAGCUUUUUGCUGUUUUCAAAUCAACAGUCCGAAUUGCAUCAAUGGAGACAGAGUUUGUUCUUGCCAGCUGGAUCACCAGCAGCAUCGAUAACGAAUGCGACUUAAUCGUACGCUCUCCGGGAGCCGUGUUCUAUCUUCAAUGGAUACCAUCGGAAUUAGAAAGAGCACCACUUCUUCUCGCGGACUUUCUGAAGUCGCUUGACAUCUUAAAGUUGGAUUACGGCCAAAACACCGAUGACGUUGAUGAAGACAUGAUACAAGCAGAAGUAAAAAAGCUCCAACGCCCAUUUAACGAAAUCCUUUUAUCUCUCGCUCCAAAUCCACCGAUGCCCCCAUUUACGUUGGAUCAUUGGAUCAAUCCUCAAUGGUUCGUCCUGGUUGCCACUGCCGAUGAAAGUGACAAAAUCCGACCAAGAAGAGAGUACGAAAAUCCGUACAUGCCUACUGGAGAACCUCGGCAGUCAAUAUCGUUGAAAGGGUUGGAUCUGGAGAAGUGGGUACCAAAUUGGUACUCCUCACACGAAGUUCAAAUCAUGCCGUCGACAAAAGGCAAAAACCCGCUCCUCUUUACCCCGACCAAAGUUCAAGUUCGAGGCAAUAUCAUAUGCCACUUCAAAGGCAUCAAAUGCAAUUCUCCAACAGCAAUUCGAGAACUGAAAACACACCGUCAAAUUCUAGACGCUUUGGCAAAAGGCCGAAUCCCAGUGGACUUUCGAGUUUGUCGCCUCCACGGCGUGGUGUACGAUAAAUCCGACAAUAAUGAACGCAUUGUUGGACUGCUCCUGCUGCACAUUAAAACCAAGAUCAGCGAUGCGCCCAGCACUUUGGCGGACAUCGCCUUUUUAACCAAACAAGAAACAUGUCAACGUUGGUCCAAAGAGCUGGCAAAACUUGUUCACACUCUUCACAAUGCUGGAAUACAAUGGGGAGAUGCGAAACCGGAUAAUGUUUUGGUUGACGAGAAUGAUGACUUGUGGUUGAUUGAUUUUGGCGGUGGCUAUACUCCCACUUGGGUCAGCCGCCAGAAUUGUGGAAAGUUGGAAGGCGACAUUGAGGGGUUAAAGAAUAGCCAAGCGUGGCUUUCCAACAUCAUUGAUAAAUCCUGCCACUAGCUUGUCACGGAUCUGUUCCACUUUCACCUUGAUUCACAUUCCUUUAUUCCUACAUCUCCAUAGCUAGUUGAGGAACAGGCUCCGAAAUUUGAAAAACCUGCAAACGGUUCCCUUGGGGCCACAAAGCACUUGACUCUCCAUCGUGGA